AUGUCCAGAUUUCGCUCGCAACGCAAGAAAAACGCCCGCUCUAUCGCUUCAGAAGACCCCUGGAGGGUCGAUACCCCGUUCGGCCCUCCACGGAUGUCCUCCUUUCCCGGUGGUGGGAUUCAACGGAUCCGCAACACACUUUCCAAGCUGUCACCCUCCGCUCGAGCAGAGAGAGAACUCCUGAAAAAGAAGAGCCAAUACAAAAUCCCAUUGACGGAAAGGAAUAUCGACACCCUGGUCACCAACCAGCUCUUUUCGGAUUCGUUCAGACCAGAACGGCAUACGGAGCAGCAAAUAUCCGCCUGGCUUGAGCGACUGGCAUAUUAA